GUGUAAUCUCACGCACGACUCUGAGAGAGACAAGGAGAGAGAGAGUCCAUCGUCUUCCAUCUUCUCCGAUCACUUCGAAUAAGCAUCUUAGUUAUUGAGGCUAUGCAGUCAGCUAACUCGUGAAGAAGAUUGCAGCUUUGUUAGAGACACAUGUUUCAUUUGGAAUGCUCUGUCUCAACUUGUUUUAUUCAUCUCGCUGAGUGGCAUCCUUUGGAUUCGUUAAACUUCAUCUUCUAAACCCCUUUUUAAUCUCAACGUUUUUCAGUUUUAUUUGUUUGUUUUUAUUUUUGGGAGAGGUAGAGAUCAUGUUUCGUGAUAGUCUUUGGUUGUCCCGUAUCAUUGGUUGCUUUGGAUGCUUUGGCACUUCUACUAGAACCCGGCAGUUGCCUGAGCCAAUCCAAAAUGAUACUCCUUCUUCUAGUAGUAGUGAGUCAUCCACCAGUUCCAGAAGCGAAGAUGAAGAAGAAGUAGAGCAGAAGAGCCGCUCUAAACAGUCUGACGAAAUUUUGAAGUAUAGAUUAGAUCAUGGUUUAAUCUGCAGGCAGGUUCCGGUGAAAGUCACUAAUCAACUUUUCCGUGGAGAGGAUGAAGAUGGUAAUAAGAUGAUUAAUGAGUAUGUUCGUGAGUGUAAAAUUGGUUCUGGUAGCUAUGGAAAAGUUGUUUUAUAUCGAAGCUCUGUUGAUGGUCAGUUUUAUGCUAUUAAGGCGUUUCACAAGUCGCAAUUAUUAAGGCUAAGGGUUGCACCUUCAGAGACUGCUAUGAGUGAUGUUCUUCGUGAGGUUAUGAUUAUGAAAACUUUGGAGCAUCCUAACAUUGUUAAUCUCAUUGAGGUGAUAGAUGACCCUGAAACUGAUCAUUUUUACAUGGUUCUCGAAUACAUUGAUGGGAAAUGGGUUUAUGACGGUUCUGGACCGCCCGAUUCUAUCGGGGAGAAAACUGCUAGAAAGUAUUUGCGGGAUAUAGUUGCUGGCCUCAUGUACCUUCAUGCUCAUAAUGUGAUUCAUGGGGACAUCAAACCUGACAAUCUGAUGGUUACUAGUAGCGGUACAGUGAAGAUAGGAGACUUCAGUGUCAGCCAAGUGUUCAAGGAUGAUGAUGACCAACUGCGUCGAUCUCCAGGGACUCCAGUGUUCACUGCUCCAGAAUGUUGUUUAGAAUCAGAAUCAGGUGUAACGUAUAGUGGCAGAGCUGCUGAUACAUGGGCAGUGGGAGUUACUUUGUGUUAUAUGAUAUUGGGACAAUACCCGUUUCUUGCUGAUACUCUUCAAGACACCUACGACAAGAUUGUUAACGACCCUGUGGUACUCCCGGAUGGAUUGGAUCCUCUUUUAAGAGAUUUGAUGGAAGGUCUCCUUUGCAAAAAUCCGAGUGAGAGAAUGACACUGAAGAAGGUGUCGGAGCAUCCUUGGUUCCUUGGAGAAGACGGGCAUGUUCUUGAGUAUUUUUGUUGCUGCAAACGCAAGUCUGCCUUAAAGAUUAAACAACAAGAAGAAGAUGCUAAUGGGAUGUCUGAAGUCUCAGAUUCUAGCUAAAAAAACUUUGGAAGGUUUUUGAUCGUUUUAAAAUGUACAAGCUUGAAACAAUAGAUGCAGGAAACGUUAACAUCAGGCUAUAGCAUCUCCUUAACCGUACAAGUUUGCGAAUUUGCUGUCAUUGUUUAUUCCUUUGCUUUGAUAUAAUAGAUAGUUGUCAUGUUAUUAUGUGUUGAACUAUAAGUUUUCAAAUAAAUAUGACUGACAAUGAUUUUUGCUUUUAUUGUAUGGCUCAAUUUUUUCGUCCGUGGAUGAGGUUAA